UUUUUCCACUAACUUGUUUUCAUGCCUUUUUUUUUCUUUUAAAGGCACAAUGUUUUCUUUGAAACAGACAGAAAGUAACUGCCCGUUCGCUGCCUGCACAAGCCCCACCCUGAUGCAAGGCUGAGACUUUUCCCUCCCACCACACAACAUCUAACAACAGAGGACCCCUUGGCAUACAGAAAGGAAGCUGUUGAAAAUAAACGCUAUUUUGAACUGUUUUAACUUCUUGUGCUGGCACUUUCUGAGCUGGAUCCCACUCUCCUCCUCUCCCUGCAGAGGGGGAGCCAGCUACACUGGGAGCGUAGCCGAGAAGGCUCUGAAAACGGAUUUAACAACCCUUAAAUUUACAGGAUCUUCUAGUAUGGAAUGAUAAAGCUCAUGCCAGUCUGCUGCCUCUCGAAUAUUGGCUCUAUGAUUCACAUUUCUCAGUGCUGUUAUUGUCGUUGUAGCCAGCGUGAGGAGAGAGGACCCAGGCUGCUGUAGGCAUCUCCGAUUGGGUGCUCAAUCCAAGAUGGCUGCCCUCAUCACUGAAAACUUCCGCUUCCUUUCUCUGUUCUUCAAAAGCAAAGAUGUGAUGAUCUUCAAUGGCCUGGUGGCCCUGGGCACGGUGGGCAGUCAGGAACUCUUCUCUGUGGUCGCCUUCCACUGCCCCUGCUCUCCGGCCAGGAACUACAUCUAUGGACUGGCUGCCAUUGGAGUCCCAGCCCUGGCCCUGUUCCUCAUCGGCGUCAUCUGGAACAACCACACCUGGAAUUUGGUGGCCGAGUGCCACAAGAGAGGGGCCAAGAACUUCUCAGCUGCAGCCACCUUCCUGCUCUUCGGCUCCAUCAUAGGGCGGGCUGCCGUGGCCCCUGUCACCUGGUCAGUCAUCUCAUUGCUCCGCGGAGAAGCCUACAUCUGUGCCCUCAGUGAAUUUGUGGAUCCUGCCUCCCUAGAUGAAUUUCCAUCAAGAUAUGGACCGGAGACCCUGGCCAAGUUCCCUUGUAAGGACAUUCCAGGGAACUUGACAAGUUUUAAGGAAGAAGUUAUAAGAAGACUAAGAUAUGAGUCCCAGCUCUUUGGAUGGCUGCUCAUUGGGGUCAUCGCAGUCUUGGUUUUCCUCACCAAGUGCCUGAAGCACUGCUGCUCACCGCUGAGCUACCGGCAAGAGGGCUACUGGGCCCAGUACCGCUCUAGCGAGGCCAAGCUCUUCCAGCGCACCGCUGAAGUCCACUCCAAGAUCCUGGCCGCCAACAAUGUCAAGCAGUUCUUCGGCUUUGUGGCUCUGAAUAAGGAGGAGAAAGAGCUAGUGGAGGAGUUCCCAGUGAAGGGUGUCCAGCCAAGCCCGCAGUGGAACGCCAUCACUGGGGUCUAUAUCUACCGGGAAAAUAAGGGCUUCCCACUCUACAGCCGGCUCCAUAAGUGGGCCAAAGGGGUGGAAGGGAACGGGCCAGGGCCUGAUGGUCAGGAAAUGGUCUUCCUAGCCACAUAAGAGAACCAGCAGCCCAGGGGGAUGACGGGACCAGUUCCCCACACCAUCUCUGUAUCACAGUACGUUCAAAGAGGUAAAAACGGCAUAGGUGCACAGCUAGUCGAUUUGCUGCUAAUUCUCCUCCAAACAGCUGUUCCUCCUGGGCACAGCACGGGAGGAAGGAUGAACAGCUUCAGGAUAAAGACCAACUGCAUCGUGCCAGGAACCCGUCUCUAUGACACAGCCAUGCACUGCUGCUCCCACACAGAGGACAUGGCACCUAAAGCAGGUACGUGCACCCUGUCUCCAGACUAUCAGUGCUCCAGCCCUACUGUUCUGAUGCACAGACAGAGCCCCCAGGUCCUGCGUACACAAAGACACGUUACAGAUGGGAAACCAGAUACAAUACACUGCCAGCGUUCCCCCAUCUCAGCCACGAAUGCUGCAGCCUCUUUGCUCUCCUUCAUUUCAGGGUCAGGACAAGACCACCAAGCACAACUUCCUAUUUUAUUAUUAAGAGUUUAUCUUGCAGUUCUAUAGCAUAAAGAAAUUCCCAGGGCACCUGCUGGGCAGCUGCAUCUGGGGUGGAACACAACAACAGUCCAUCAGUGCACCAAAAAACUCCAGAGUCUACGGGUUUGUCUACAUGAAGGAAGGGAGGGGGUAGUAUGCACUAACUUGGAUUGGUGCACAUUGAAAUGACCUGCGUUCACACACAGCACAGUAGCUCCAUACUUAAAGGGUACAAAGUUCACCAGGCACUGAGUUAAUACAAACCUAUGUUCAUGUAUGCACAUUGCUCAUUCACACUAUUUUGGCAGUCCUCUAAGUGCCAUCCCACACUGGUUUGCAUGUCCCCAGGACUGACCUGUCGGUUUACCUGUGUAUCGUCCCCCUCCGCUUCUCUGGGGUCAAGGUGCACUGAUGCCAGCAAGUAGGACACUGAUAUUGCACAGGGAAAUUUAAUGAAGUGGAAUGUAAUUACCCAAUGGGAAACUGGCCAGGACACCAAACACCCUCUUUCAUGAGCACAAAAGAUCAUCAGCUUGGUUUUAUGUAUCUUGAAGAUAGCACCGUCAGCAGACCUGCAUCCUGCUGAGCUGGCUUUGGACAGGUUGAGUCAUUAACACCACUUCCUGCAGCAUCUUGGGCUUCUCAUCCAAGCACUGACCAGCUUCGCCCCUGCUUAGGGUCUGAGAUAUGGCAAGCUCAUAAUCAGACUUAGUUACAGUGCACACUCUUGACACUUAAUUGUAUCAGUUAAGCAUCUUCCUCCUACUGGAAGGAGACCAGAGACCAGCCGGCCAAAAGACUGCAUUAUGAGCACAUCUUGUGCCUGUAGAGACUGAAGUUUGCACUGAUGGGAAUCGGUGGGAUUCAGCCAUGGGAAGCAGU